AUGAUCCGUCCCCCCGAACUCUUCAAAAUUUACCAGGGAUUAUUCUUACUGUUGUUGAUACACAGUCGACAUGAAGUGAGGGGUGUUACAGAUACAACCCUCAACCCCACUACUAGUCUCCCACCAGUCCGGGAUGUCUUCCUCGACCCCCCGGGAAUCACCUGUGACAGUUUCCCUGAUCAUUGUAAAAAUAACGGCACAUGUCGCCAACUACUGGACGAUGAACUGUGGGAAUGUAGUGGAGAUGUUGGAACCGGUCCUUUAAAAUGUAUCUGCCCCCCAACACAUACGGGUAGUCGCUGUGAGACCAAACUAACCUGUGAUUCCAUGGCCUGUCUUUCAACAGAAGUCUGUGACUAUAACUGGAAUAAAAGGGAACUAGAAUGUAUACCAAAAAAUACUUCUGGUCAGCCUCCGACAUGUCGUCCAGGUGUCCAGGAGAUCAAAUUCCAGGUUGACCGAACUAAUCUGCCUAAGAAGAUUGUAUGUUUACCCAUGUAUAGUUUUAACGCCAGCUCACUCUGCAGAGAUGAGGAUGAUUCCUUGACCUAUUUAAUAUCAGAACCACCACCAGAGUUACCCCACCUGUUUUGUUUAGUCGUGGAUUAUCAGACGUAUCAAACUUGUCUGCGUAUCAAUGCUACGCAUAGAGACAGUAUCAACAUGACAUCAGUUGAGGUAACCAUAAAGGCUGAAGAGUAUUCCGUGUUAGAGAGGAGUGCGCCACUGAAGUUACGUAUAAUUUUUAAUACGCCCCCUAGUGUUCAGAAUAGUGUUAUACAGUGGGUAGUCAACACCGCGGACACUAUGUCACUGGAUGUUAUUCAAGAAGCUCAAGUAACAAGUCAGACGGAACUUCAAAUCUCACAUUUCUCUCUAUCUAACGAAAACAUCGUGACAGCCUUGAUUACAAAUAAAUCAUUUCUACAACUUAGUUUAAAAGGAACACCAACAUUUGAGAUAAAGAAAUUACAAGCCACUGUAAAGAUAACUGACACCGGAAUUCCUCGACUGACAACGACGGUAAUAAUCCAGAUAACUCUUGUCAGACUAGAUUGUCAACCAAUCAACACCUUGCUUAUCGAUAAACGUAACAUGGUAACAGUUGGUACACCGUUUCCUGUUGGACAGAUUGAGUGUAGAGGGACGACAGGAUACCGUUUGAAUUAUGAUUCACCUCAGUCUGGGAUCAUUCCAGGUUCAUCAAUAAGUGUAAAUUCAGCCAAUGAAAUUAUGGUAAAAGUUAACGAAGCACUGCCGUCUCGUCUCCCAGAGACUGGAUCAUCGAGACUAAUAGUCUCUUUCAACAAGUUAAGAAAAGUCCUGAACUUCGACUUUGAAAUUUCUUACUACUCAUUGAUCUGGUUUGAAAGUGAGGCUACGAAAUUUUCGUUACUAGAAAUAGAAACAGAGAUUAUAAAACACUUAUCAGCUAAAGUUUCUAUUAAAUUUUCUAGAAUAAGAGAUGUAAACUGGGUUGAUAUAUUAUUAAAAUCUAACGUCCAGUCAAGUUAUAACUAUAUUAACUACUAUAUAAUUUGUAGAGAUAGAUGUAAACUGGGUUGA